AGUCGGCGCAAGCGGUAUAAGAGCGGGAUAAGCAUGGAUUGUUUUUCUAUCAACGUGUCGACUCUUCACUCCCUGACCAGAGACAGUGGACCCAUGCCCAAAAUGUGGCGUGGACUCGACAGAGAGUAAAGGAGAGUGGGGAGAAAACCCCAGUAACACCCGGCGUACACUUGCGCGCGCGCGCACGCACAAAAACACAGCACUGCAGCUCUCAGGUCGGGCCAGAAACCUUAACUGCUGCCCGCAGAGAAGAGCGCUGUCCCUCCGCUGUGGUGCUGAACCUUGCGGAUGCUGACGCAGGGCUGAGAUCCAAAGGGAGACGAGAGGUUUUAGAAGAGCCGCAGAAAACUUUGUGUGUAUGGAUUUAGAAGAAACAAGCUGCAGCGCUGAGCAGAAGUGAUGGCCAGACCCCCCUCCAGUCUGACAGGCUUCAGUCCGGCGGUGUGAGCACAGCGGCGGAACCCAGCGGAGGACAGGGACGGAGGCUUUCCAUCUGCGAGUGGCGGUUGAUGGUUCGUUGCGCGUGGACUGGAGCGCGUCCAGCUCCAUGUCCGAUGUCAGGCUCCUGGGGAACACGCGGACCUGCAUGGCACGCAGACUGAUACUCGGUGCACCUCUGGGUGCUCUGGACUUCAGCGAGGUGAAUGUUGAUGACACCGUUGAAAUGCUACCAAAAUCAAGAAGAGCUCUUACCAUUCAAGAGAUUGCUGCUCUAGCUCGAUCUUCUCUGCAUGGUAUUUCACAGGUGGUCAAGGACCAUGUGACGAAGCCUACAGCCAUGGCGCAGGGCAGAGUAGCCCAUCUGAUAGAGUGGAAGGGAUGGUGCAAGCCCAUAGACACUCCGGCAGCUCUGGAGUCAGACUUCAACUCUUAUUCUGAUCUCACUGAGGGAGAGCAAGAGGCACGCUUUGCUGCUGGUGUGGCAGAGCAGUUUGCCAUCGCCGAGGCUAAGCUGAGGGCCUGGUCCUCUGUGGACGGCGAUGAGUCCAAUGAUGACUCAUAUGAUGAAGACUUUCUGCCUGCCAGCGAGCCCACCACACAGAGCACAGAACUGUCAUCUUAUCCGCCGUACUUGAAGGACCUGAUCCACAGCCAGCUUUGCCAGCACCUGGGCAUGCAAAGGCCCUGUUCUGAGAGCAGAGGAGGUAUCAGCGAAGGGGGUGGCAGCAGAGAGCCCUCCCCCACGGCGGGCUCUCCGGACACGCUCUGCUCCAGCCUCUGCAGCCUCGACGAGCAGCACCCGCUGCUCCGCGAUCUGAGGACUCAUCGUGGUAAUCACGCCCAAAACAACGCAGCUGAACUUGCUGCAAAGAUCCUGUCUGCGCUGCACGGAGGGGAGGAGCUGCUGGCCCGACUUCAGAGGGUGGGACAUAGUGGGCCUGGUGGGGGAGACUGUGGCUUCCACAGCUUGAGUGGGGGCGGCCGGGGCAGCAGGUCCUACGGAGGUCAGGAUUCUCCUUGCUACUCCAUGUCUUACUCUGAAACAUAUCUGUCACCUGGUGAGGAUGAUGACACCCCCUGCAAGGACUAUGAAGGCACUGUGUGCCAGAAGGAGGUGGAGGGCCAGGGGGUGGAGUACCCUCCUGACUACAACCCACACAGGAGGGUGUCCGAUGUGGCCUCCUCAGGGGUUGUUUCCCUUGACGAGGAAGAGGAAGAGGAAGAGGAGGAACUGGAGGACAGAGCAGAAGAGCCGAACAACCAAUGACUCCUUUUUUUCUCAUCUCAGUAUUUGGGGAGGGGCUUCUUCAUUUUCAGUGACAACUUCCCCUCUUCGUCAUGGUGUCUGAACAGUUUGAACCUUUUGAAUGAUGCGUAAAUCAACUGUCUUUGCCUUACACUCGCAGCAUCUCAGCUCUCCUCUCCAUCCGUUAAGUGCUUUGUCUCCAUUCCACGUAUUAACACUUUUUGUUUUGAAGGCGUCCAAACAAUCCUUUUUCAUCAGUGCGAGAACAGUGAGGGCUGGACUAGGCGCGGUCAGUGACUAACUCUCGGGUAUGACGCCCACAGUUUUUCGGCUACGUCUUCUUCGGUGCAGUGAAAGGACUCUGCUCCAGGCAGACGGAUCGACCGAGAAUCCAAACCUCUGACUUAUAUCUGCAUGUUUUCUGCAAGUGCUGAAAUCAAUGGGCUGACCUGGGCUCGAGCACGUUUUUGUAAUCUCAGCUGUGCUGUAUCAUCCCUGCCCAUCUCUCCCUCUCUCGUGAGUGAGCAGGCUGACACUGCAUCCUGGCACCUGUCCUCACCCCAUCCCUCAUCUCCUAACCUCUUUCCCCCAUCCUUUGCAAGAGAGUAAAUAGCAUCGUUCUGGGCAUGGCUUGCUGAGUAUGCCAAACUAUUUAACCCUGUCACUGUCAAUUAUGAGCAAAUGCUGGAAUGUCUUCAAAGUGACAGGAAAUGGUAUGUAUUUUAAAAAAUAAUCAUGUGUUCCAAAUGAUAUGACAGAAAUGAUAUGCUUUUGAUGUACUAGUUUUUUAUCAGUCAUGUUGUUGUUCAUGUCAUCAUCAUGAUGGACAGCUGGCAUAUUGAUGAACAGCCGCGCAGUGUUCCUCGGUGUUUUCUGUGGAGGAAACCUGAACUUUGCUCUUGAAAAAUAAAAACUCGCAGCAGGGACACUGGAAACACAAAGAGAGAGAGUUCUUGAAGCGACGCCUCAACGAUGGAUGUUUGGCAACAAGCGACAGAAACCUAUUUUCCUGUGCAGAGAUGGCUUGCAUUUGGAGAUUUUUCUAUAUUUUUGUAUGCGUUGUCUUGCUUUGAUCUCCUUGCCUAUGCGGCGUGCCAGUGUAUGUGGUCUUUGCACGAAGCUAAUGUGGCUGUAGAUUUCUCCUGUUCUUUGUUAUCACUGUGUGAUAUAGUCUACUGGGAAAAAAACAAUACAAAUGUGAAAUUUUCCUUUUUUUUCAAAAGAGGAUACUGUGAUACGGUUUUUUGCCAUUUAUCAUGAUCCUCAUGAAGAGCUCGUUUUUUUGUUUAUUUAAAAACUUCUAAAUACUCAUCUUUUCUUCUCAUGUUGA